AUGUCUUCAAAAUAUUUUGAUCACUGUUCAAUACAUGAUUGUAAUAAUGAUGCAACCAAGUUUUGCAAACUUACUCCUAUUGUAUAUAAAAAAGCUAAAGAGAAAGGAACUUUUAAAUAUUUUCAAUAUUUAAAAGAGAGUCAAGAACUCUGUUUUAAACAUUAUUUGGAUAUUGUUGAAGCUAAUCAAAACCAAAAAAAAAGCAAAAAAAUGAAUAUUGUAGUACUA